AUGGCAGAGCAGUCUAGUAGCUUGAAUGAAAUCCAAGCCUUGCAUUCGGACCUCCUUGCACUAUCAAAUUCUCGUCUUUCGAACCUCGAACGAUUAGCGAUUGAACUCGAUGCUCAUAUCGCAGCUUUUCGUAACCUUUUGAACCACAAGAGCCGGAAUGAGCAAAGUCGGAAGAGUAUCGAGGAGGGGAAAGUUGAGCGAGAUGGACAGAUGUAUAAGAUCAACGACGACUUUAAGCAGGGAACAUAUCAACUGGCGGACGAAUUGAAUCUUGAUGAGUUCGAGGCAUCCCAAAUCUUCUUCGACGCACAAGACGAUGCCGAUGCGACAGGGCGCUCAAUUUUAUCCUGCUCUAUAAUCCGCUUCCAUCAGCGACGAAAGCUCUUGUUGGAUUGUUUGCGGCUUACACUUCAGCAAAACGCCGAGUUAGAGAGCGACUCGGAGCAGGAGAGGGAAUUGAAGGCUUACCUGGAACAUAUCAUCACGGAGUCGACCCGUAGUGAACCUACAACCACAACUAAAAAUGGAGCUGCAACUUCAAUCAAAACAAGCAAUGCGCCAACAUUUAUUUCAAGAUGCAUUUCUACUAUGGGUGAUAUCAGGCAUUGGCUCCAGAAGAUUUCGGACAAAGUUAGCAGUUUAUCUGUAUUGGGACAACCAUCGCAACCGGAUCUUUUAGAAAUCAUGGAGUAUCAGCGCCACAGUCUGGUCAAACAACAUGAGUUACUCGGCGUUAUAAUACUCUAUUUGAUAAAAGCAAACCAUUCUGUCGAGGGAGAUUUCGAGCUGCUCUUGGGGAUUUUGAAGAAAGCGGAUAAGUAUGAUAAUCUUCUGGUGCAUCAUUUUCCCGCUUUGGCUGCUUAUAUUUGGCGUUAUGGUUCUCCAGAAGGUGGGUCGACGAUACAAGAUGCAAGAGCGCUGGAUAAGAAGAUCAGCGUAAAAACCGACCAGAAUGCAUGGGUGUUACCUUAUGCUCAUGCCGCAUUCCGAGCAUGGUGGUUGGCGGAGUAUAGUGGAUGGUAUGUGGAACACCAUGACGGACUACCACAUGGCAUUAAUCUCGAAGAUGAGGCCAAGCAGCGUUCUCAGCAGUUUAAUGAGGCUCUUAAGGAUGGGGCUUUUGAUUUUAUGCUGUCUCUUUCUGCUGAUGUCAAAGCCGCAACUUGGUCCGAACCGUCACGCCAAGGUUUUCGGUUAUGGCUACAGAGAAAGGCACCUCAGCUGUUGUCUGAUUCUGUAUCUUUCUCAGAUUUUUUUGAAAAUCAAUUUAUGGAGCAAUUACAGACAUUCAUCGAAAGUUUCAUAACGAAUCUACCAGACGUAUUGAGGAGGUUGAGAAUAGAUGAGGAUGAGCAACGUCAACUCAGUCAUGAGCAUGAGCACGAUCUAGAUCUGGAGCGAUUCAUAGUUAUCAUUUCUUAUGCCUUUGACGGCCGCCCAAAGGCUGCUUUGGAAGGAUUUUGGGACGUCCCAGAUGGUGUUUUAAUCGGUUUCAUGUAUUGGGCUUCCCGACGUGCAUCGACCCCGCUGGUUUCGGCAUUUUGUGAAAUGCUCCAGGCUAUCUCAGGUGAUGAUGAGUGUGCCACUGCUGCACACGAAUUUUUGCUCGACGAAAGUCCUCAGGCCGGAAAAAUGAAGCGUGCUCAUGCCCUCACAUGGAAUCAAAUUUUUAAAGAGCUAACAUUUUUCACAAAUAAACUUCGAGAUCAACCGGUACCACAAGCUCAAGCAUAUCGUCAUGGGAAGCCAAACCAUGAUCAAGCAGAAUUAGAGCCAGAAUCUUACAUCAUGCUGGAGUCCUAUCUCCGCCUCAUAUCUCAGCUCUCAGGCGAGUACUUGUGGACUGCUCUCGAUAUAUGGACUUCUGGUGGAUAUGUCCAUAAUCCCAGCACUCAAAGAAACACAGCCCCACCAUCUUAUGCACCUGACGCAAUUCUCCGGAAGUUUGCUACGGGCUUUGAAGAACCGGACGCGUUUAUUCUGCUACUCCAUGCCCUUGUAUUACCUUACGAAGAAGAUAGUGCUUUGCGAGAUGGCUUACCAUUCCCCGAACUCCUCGGAGCUUCCAGUCGCAUGCCUGGAAUAGAUCCCUACGUUGAUUUCGCAGUCGGCCAAGUUUUUGGAUCAAGAAUGAUUGACACUGCUAUAAAAACUCAUCGCCGCACCCCGGUUCCAAAUGCCGCCUACGCAUCUUUCGAGGAUGGAGUACUGAAUCACUUGACUAUCAUUCCUGAUUUGGGCUUAUACUGUAGCUCUGGCAACCCUGAAUUGGUCAUGGCAUCCCUAAAACUACUCGAGAAGCUUUCUGCAUCACCACAGCUUGCUGCUGCCCCUAAGGCAGGUAGCAGAAGGAUUGAUCGUAAUAAGGCAAUUGCUGCGUUGGAGGAAAAUAAUGCAGCGGAGGCUAUCUCACGCUCACUCCUACAAGAGAUAGAAGCCAGCAUUGACGAAGCCCAAGGCCCUGCAUCCGAUUCGCCGGGGUUGUUAUGGGAUGACCGAGAUCUCGCAGAUCCAGAAUUCUUGGAUUCAACUUCCGCCUCCUGCCUUUCAAACUUUUUAAAUCAACGGGCUAUUGUCUUGCAAUACACAUCUGCUGAGUUACGCCGGAUAGCACUCAGUCAUUUGCCUUCUUUAAAGGAGCGGAUGUUCAAUACAUUACUUGGAUCGACAAUGGUGGAAGAGAACCAACAAAUUGACAAUUGUUCCGUUUUUGACCUUUUCGACUUCAUGGAUAUUCCUUUGGAUCAAUCAAUAGCCCUUGGCUCAUUAUCUUGGCUCAAGGAUAUUGAUAUUAGCGUCUGUGAGGAAGUCCAUAACGAUUCACCUCCAUUGUGCAACAUGGUGAAACUCGAAGAGCUUCUGACUUUACGAAGAUCUGAGCUCGCUGCUACGAAGAGACUUGAAAACCCUCAAGACGUGACUACAUUCAAAAAUGAAGCCCAGCUCAUGUUUAACUACUACUUCAUCGAUAACAAGUUAAAGGAACUCCAAGCAGCUCGACAUAAGGCGCUACAGUCUUGGGUUCAGUUAUUACUCGUGAUGGUAGAGACCAUGGCUUACGACGAGUCGACCAAAAUAGUAUUUGUGUUGCAGACUCUGCAAAUAAUCCUACCCAGGCUGGAAAACUGCCUUGAAAAUGCAGCUGACGCAUUUGAGCUAGCCAAACUCACUAAAGCCCUCUUGUUUAGUCUCAACCUGGAUUCUGACGCUUUCAAGGAAGGUGACUUGGGACAAAAUCUAAGUGACAAACUCUUUCAUGUGUUCGAAUUGUCACUUAGAGCUAUCAAUGCCGUCGGUGCCAACGGUCCUCUGAAAGAGCUUUUCUAUACCAUCAGCUAUCACUAUCUUACAGGAACGUCGGAAUCCGAGAUUCACGUUAGUUCUGAGAUAGAUAACCCAAAUAACCUCGACGGCGGUUCCAAUCGUGCCCGCCCAGGCGAUCGCGCUCCAGCUUCAGCUCCUUCUCGUCCCGGAUUACGCAAACCACAUAGCACACAGACAGUCAAAUUGGCAGGCGAUCGAGUAAUAGACAUAGUUUGCGACGAUGUCUUGGUUGGCGAGCAAAAUUGUCGAAUUGCGGCAUUGCUACUCCUCGGCGCCUUGGUGAAAAAUUCCAAACAAGAAAACUCCAAUUACAUUAUUGAGUCUCUUAAUCGCCUUAAUUUUAUAAGUAUCCUUGUACACUCCAUUGGAGACUUGGGAAAUGCUUUACAAGAGACAUCGCGCGAAGAUGCAGCUAUAAUACUAUCCGACUUCUAUGCGAGAUUGGCACUCCUCGUUCACAUAUCGCAAACUCGCGCCGGAGCUACCGCUGUACUUAACUCCGGCCUGUUUCACUCUAUUUUAGUUUCAGGGCUGUUUUCCAUAGAUACCGACCUUGAGAUUGAUUUCAAUGACUCGGAGGCUGUUAGCAGACAUUACAGCUUACUUGCAGCAAUAAUGAGAGUAAUCUGUUGUGCUCUUGUGAGUCGAGGCCUACAAAAUGAGCAGAGUUUGGACCAAGGGAGAAGAUUUCUCGCCGACAACAGAGCUGCCAUCCUAGCUGUACUUAAAAAGUCUGCUGGACUUGGAACUGGUAAUGACUCCGCAGAGCAAAGCAUUGUUGAUAUAUCGGACUCAUUCAUGUUACUCAUGACUAUAACUCGUUUUGUCGAUUUUGAGGAGAUAACUAUUCAGAAACGGCCUACUCUGAGAUCAUUUACUUGA